AUGACCGCUGGCCAAAAAGUAGCUGUCGUGGUACCAAAAAUGGAACAAUCCCCAUCUAUCAAAGCCAGCGAACUCAACAACAUCAAAUCAACUACAAUGAACGAUUCCAAUUCCACAUCUGUUCCGACCGCGGUCGCAGAGGAUGAUGCCGAACCUGUUAUCGACCCUGAACUUUUGCAGUCCGAGUUAGAGCUUGUGUCGUCCCUUGCCAAGCUUCAGAAACUGGAAGAAACGAUUCAUCAACUUCGGACACUGAUUCCGGAACGGCUUCUCGAGCCACUAGCUCCAGUUGUCAACUCCCAACCUGCUUCAACCUCACCCCAGAUGCUCUUCGAGCAGCUGGCACAGACCGCGCGUGCUAGCGUUAAUGAAUUUGGGGACUUCCAGGGCAUGUGGCGUGGGAAAGAGAUGAAAGCCGUUUGGGAGCGUGUCGACACUCUGAUCUACGAAAACGCCGGUCAGCUCCUGCAGUCUAAUGGCAUGUGGGAUGAAGACUACGGUGUGCUGCUCGAAGAUAUUACGAAGCAGGACUCCAUUAGGAAAGAGCGACAGCAAAAGGCCAAGGAGGAGCAUGAACGCUCACAACUACAAUCAGCAGAAGGAGGCUGGAAAACCCUCGUCGAUAACUUCGCCCAACGGAAUGUUCCAGGGGUACGCGUUCUUCCCCCUAAGAAUGACACGUUCUCUGUCGUACUCGCAAAGUCCGGGCUGGCCUUCAGGGUCCAUGCCCACCAUUCAGGCCAGGACGGGGUUCCCGACUUUAAUAUCUCUAGCAAGUCAUCCGCAGAGCCUCCGUCAAAGCUUGAAACUGCAAUUUUGGAUUGCCUCAACUCUCGUUCAAGAAAAUGGGACCUGACAUACCUCUUGGAAAUGAUCUUGUCCUAUUCAAACAUUCAAACAACCUGUACCAAAUGUGGAAAAUUGCAAGACAAAGCAGCCAACCUCCCAACACUCCGAUACCCAAAAUCUACUGAAACACAAACAGAACCCCAGACGCCAACAUUCGAGGCAUAUCACGCGACAUGUGUCUGA